AAACAACCCCAAAAAGACCGAAGGGCUGGAACCACAGCGGAGCUGUGACUAAUGAGAAUUAAAAGCCAUGGAUGAAGAUGAACUUGAAUUGCAGCCACAAGAACCAAAUUCAUUUUUUGAUGGAAUAGGAACUGAUGCUACACACGUGGAUGGUGAUCAAAUUGUUGUGGAAGUACAAGAAACUGUUUUUGUUUCAGAUGUUGUGGAUUCAGAUAUAACUGUACAUAAUUUUGUUCCUGAUGACCCAGAUUCGGUUGUAAUCCAAGAUGUUAUUGAGGAUGUUGUUAUUGAGGAUGUUCAGUGCUCAGAUAUCUUAGAAGAAGCACAUAUAUCUGAAAAUGUCAUCAUUCCUGAGCAAGUCCUUCAUUCAGAUGUAACCGAAGAAGUUUCUUUAGCACAUUGCACGGUCCCAGAUGACGUUUUAGCUUCUGACAUUACUUCAGCCUCAAUGUCUAUGCCAGAACAAGUCUUAACAAGUGAAUCUAUACAUGUGUCUGAUGUUGGACACGUUGAACAUGUGGCUCAUGAUAAUGUAGUAGAAGCAGAAAUCGUCACUGAUUCUCUGACAACCGAUGUAGUUUCAGAAGAGAUAUUGGUAGCAGAUUGUGCCUCUGAAGCAGUCAUAGAUGCCAACGGGAUCCCUGUGGACCAGCAAGACGAUGACAAAAGCAACUGUGAGGACUACCUUAUGAUUUCCUUGGAUGAUGCUGGUAAAAUAGAACAGGAUGGUUCCUCUGGAAUGGCAAUUGACGCAGAGACAGAAAUUGAUCCUUGUAAAGUGGAUGGCACUUGCCCUGAAGUCAUCAAGGUGUACAUUUUUAAAGCUGAUGCUGGAGAGGAUGACUUAGGUGGCACAGUAGACAUUGUGGAGAGUGAGCCUGAGAAUGAUCACGGAGUUGAGUUACUUGAUCAGAACAGCAGUAUCUGUGUACCAAGGGAAAAGAUGGUUUAUAUGACUGUCAACGACUCUCAGCAAGAAGAUGAAGAUUUAAGUGUUGCUGAAAUGGCUGAUGAAGUUUAUAUGGAAGUGAUUGUAGGAGAGGAAGAUGCUGCUGUUGCAGCAGCAGCAGCAGCUGCUGCUGUGCAUGAACAACAAAUAGAUGACAAUGAAAUCAAAACUUUCAUGCCAAUAGCAUGGGCAGCAGCUUAUGGUAAUAAUUCUGAUGGAAUUGAAAACCGGAAUGGCACUGCAAGUGCCCUCUUGCACAUAGAUGAGUCUUCUGGGCUCAGCAGACUGGCUAAACAAAAACCAAAGAAGAGGAGGAGACCUGAUUCCAGGCAGUACCAAACAGCAAUAAUCAUUGGCCCUGACGGACAUCCCUUGACUGUCUAUCCAUGCAUGAUUUGUGGGAAAAAAUUUAAGUCGAGAGGUUUUUUGAAAAGGCACAUGAAAAACCAUCCUGAACAUCUUACCAAGAAGAAGUACCACUGUACUGACUGUGAUUACACUACCAACAAGAAAAUAAGUUUACACAACCACUUGGAGAGCCACAAGCUAACCAGCAAGACAGAGAAGGCCAUCGAAUGUGAUGAGUGUGGGAAGCAUUUCUCUCAUGCUGGGGCUUUGUUUACUCACAAAAUGGUGCAUAAGGAAAAAGGAGCCAACAAAAUGCACAAAUGUAAAUUCUGUGACUAUGAAACAGCCGAACAAGGCUUAUUGAAUCGCCACCUUUUGGCAGUGCACAGCAAGAACUUCCCUCAUAUUUGCGUGGAGUGCGGGAAAGGUUUUCGUCACCCCUCAGAGCUCAAAAAACACAUGCGAAUCCAUACUGGGGAAAAGCCUUAUCAGUGCCAGUACUGCGAGUAUAGGUCUGCAGACUCUUCUAACUUAAAAACGCACAUAAAAACUAAGCAUAGUAAAGAGAUGCCAUUCAAUUGUGACAUUUGUCUUCUGACUUUCUCAGACACCAAAGAGAUGCAGCAACAUGCUCUUAUCCACCAAGAAAGCAAAACACAUCAGUGUUUGCACUGCGACCACAAGAGUUCAAACUCAAGUGAUUUGAAACGACAUAUAAUUUCAGUUCACACAAAGGACUCCCACAAAUGUGACAUGUGUGAUAAAGGUUUUCACAGGCCUUCAGAACUCAAGAAACAUGUGGCUGCCCACAAGGGUAAAAAAAUGCAUCAGUGUAGACACUGUGACUUUAAAAUUGCAGAUCCAUUUGUUCUAAGUCGCCACAUUCUCUCAGUUCACACAAAGGAUCUGCCAUUUAGGUGUAAGAGGUGUAGAAAGGGAUUUAGACAACAGAAUGAGCUUAAAAAGCAUAUGAAGACACACAGUGGCAGGAAAGUUUAUCAGUGUGAGUACUGUGAGUAUAGCACUACAGAUGCCUCAGGCUUUAAACGACAUGUAAUUUCCAUUCAUACAAAAGAUUAUCCGCACCGUUGUGAGUACUGCAAGAAAGGGUUCCGGAGACCUUCAGAAAAGAACCAGCACAUAAUGCGACAUCACAAAGAAGUUGGUCUGCCCUAACAAUAUUACUACAGACAUUUGUAAAGAUGCUGGCCUUGGAGCAGAAAAUACAUUUUAAAGCCAGUUGGUCUUUUUCACAUACAAUGCUAUGUACAAAAGAAUUAAUGCUUCUACUUGACUUGUCUUUACAUUUUAUUCAGUAGGGUGUUCUUGAUCCUGUUCAGUUUGUUUAAUGAGAAAAAAUGGCAAUAUAAGUUGCUUUGAUAAAAUAAUGCCUGAUUCUUUACCGAACUUUUCCAGUCUUAAGUUUUACUAUUUUGAGUAUUUAAUCAUCUUGAUGGUACUCUUCUAAGACCAUUUAAAACAAAGUAUUUUUGGUAAUUCUAAGUGAUUAUUUUGACUUAUUUAACCCCACACACAAAUACAGUAAAAAGAAAUUUGUGCUCGUUUAAAAUGGGAGAUUUUACUUUUCAGUCUGAUUAUAACAUGAAAGCCAUUUCUUUGUCUUCCUUAAUAUUUUUAAAUCACAUAACAGUGAAACUCCAUUUGAGCCGCUAUCUUUGAUGACUUUAGAACAUUGACUAAUUUUGUGUUCAAUGUUCAUUUUGUGUACCAGGAAAAACAUGCUUCCUUUGACUAAGUCUUUAAGUCUUUGGUCAGCAUAAUUUUAGAGAACUCAUUUUGAAAGGGUUUGCUCUUUUCUGUUUAGUUUUGCAUCUGCCUAUACUGCUUUCCUUUAUAAUUUUUGAUUUCUACAAGUGAGACUUACUAUGAUGUGAUUAGUGGAAUCUUUAAGUGAUAAAUUACAACUCACAGGAUUUUUGCAGCUUGUAUAAGUGUACCCUAAAUUUUCUUGAACUUAUUCAUUGCUUAUUUUGCAUAUCACAUCCCAAUGGUUUUGUUUAUUUACACAUGAAACCCUAAAGAUUAGAUCUACACUGAGAAGAAUUAAAUGUUCAAUAAACUGAAAGAGCUAGGAAGUAUUAAAGAGAAUUUUGCAGACUUGCUCUUCCGAGCAUUAAAAAUGCAGGUGAAGAAUUGAAUGGAAAAUAGAAUGUUAGUGUUAUAUAUUCAUUCAUUUUAGAGAGAAGAUAUUUUCUUCUAAGGAUCUGUGGUAAUUGGAGAUAAGUUAAGGUAUUGCUAGGUAGAAUGUUUUUAUACAAUUUCACCUUCAUAGUUUAAAUUUUUUAAAGCCUAGUGAGUAUCCAAAAAUUUUACUUGUUUCUCAUUAAGAAAAGGAACUGUUUUCUCACAAACUAAGAAGAGUUUGGAGGAAAGAAUGGUAUAGAAAAUAGGUGCUAAUUAAACUUGUUCAGCCCACACUUUUUUCAGUUAGCAUAUUUUAAAAAUAUUUAACACUAUAAUUUGACUUUGAUUAGAAAAUAAAGGAAUAAAUCAUUCAAAUUACACAGUGAAAAUGUAAGGCUUUUCUUGAAUCACCAAGUCUUAGUGUUUUGGUUUUUUUUUUUAAUUUGAGUUGAAAUAUUUUAAGUAGUAAGUCGUAAUUGCAAAUGUGAUAUAAAAUGAAUUCAAACAAUUAAAAUUUGGUCGUGUUGAUAUAAAUUUUGAGAACAAAAUAUGUUUUACUUUACUUAAAUUAAUAUGUAUUGGCACAUUUUGAAGAUAAAGUUUUCUUUCCACGUGGUAGUUACCAUGCAAAUUAAUUAUGGUGCUUCCUUCUCUUCUAGUGAUAUUUUUACCUUUUGCCUUUCUCUGUUCUAUUAAUAUUCAUAUUCAGAAGUUACAAGGUUAGAUAAUACUUGGUUUACUUAGGUCUAAAUAUUUGUUUUUACCUGCAAUCUCUGAAGCUAAUUUAGUCUAGUUCUCAGUCAAGUGUUUCAGUCACAUAGGAAUUUAAUCUAAUUUCAACCAAAGCCUUAAGAAUGUAUUUUAGAACCUUUUUAUGCUCUUAAGACCCAUAUUUUUGUCUCCACCUCCUUUUUGGUAUCCACACAUUUUUCUGUUCUUGAAAUUUCUUAUUUUUGUGUGGUAAUAUCUUAAAUCUCCUUUGAAUUUGGUUUUUCCCUGAAGUAAUGUAAAAUGAAAUGUUUAAAUGAAAGUUUACAUUUAAGAAUUAUGAAAUAUUCUUUAAAAUAAGUACAGCUCUUCAAUUAUAUUUUAAAAACAAACUGAAAGAUAUAGAACACAACACUAUAUUUCUUAGUCAUACACAGUUGUUUAGUUUGAGUCAUACACAAUUGCUGUUUAUUAACAAAUAUAUUAAAACCUUUAAAAGGUAAGAAAUUGGUUACAUGAAGAUAAAAACAUUUGUCUUUAUAAAGAGAAAAUGAUGUUGUAUUUACUGUUAGAUACUGAUAUUAGUUCGAGGCUGUUUGAAUUCUUAAAACAAUUUGAUUAGCAAAGCUAAACAUGUGGACGUUUCAUUUUGUUUUAAAGAGGUACAGAUUUUUACAAGGACAUAAGUUAUUGUUUUGUUGAAAUAGCCUAUUAAAUAUUAUAUGUCCCUCUGUACACAUUGUAAAAUACUUAAGAAAUUCAUAUAGAAAUGUGUGAUACUAUUGUAAAUGUGUACUUGAGAAUAACAUGCAAAAAUAAAAAUCAGACUAUUUUGCUGUUAAUGUUUAUAGUCUAUUUGAUAGCAGUACACCAAGUAAACACUUUUUCUUAAGGAACAAAAGUGCAAUUUAGUUAAAUAAAGUGGACUAUUUUUGUUUGCAUAUUUUUUAAAUCAUUCUAUAUAGUAGUAUAA